AUGGAAGUGCCUGAAUUAAAAGCUACUCAAGAAGCUAUAGAUGCUUAUAGAAGGUAUUUGGACGAUGUUGAUAUUGUACAGUGUAUUGUACAUGCAUCAUUGGCACUUGAUCUGCAAGAGCAACAGGAGAAUUUAGAUGUCGGCUCCAUCAUCACACAUCUCAAAGAGCUCUUUCAGAAGUGUGCUAGGGAUGAACGUUAUGAGGUGUCAAAGGCAUUAUAUAGAUGCCAAAUGAUUGAGGGAACCCUAGUUAGCCCGCAUGUUGUCAAGAUGAUUGGCUAUAUACACAAGCUUAAAAUACUGGGAUUUGGUAUAGAGGCAAAACUAUCAAUUGAUCUUGUUCUGCAAUCCUUGCCUGAUUCUUUCUCCCAAUUCAUAAUGAACUUCAAUAUGAAUUCUAUGGAGAAGUCUCCCUUAGAGCUCUUGAAUAUGCUGAAGACAUCAGAGAAAGACAUGAAGAAAUCCAAGUUAGUGAUGCUAGUUGACGCUAUGCCAAUGAAAGGAAAGGGAAGCGAUUCAAAGAAAAUGCUAAGUGCAAAUCCAAAGCUCAACCCCAAGAUGUCCUUAAACCUAUUGGAGGCGCGUGCAAAGAUGGAAAGGUUGUUUGCUUCCAUUGUGCCAAGCCUGGUCACUAGAAUAAGCAUUGCAAGGCCUUCCUAG